AUGUCGAAGAAAUUGGCUCACGAUGAGUACACAGUGGGAUGGAUCUGCCCAUUAGAAGUGGAGCAGAUCGCUGCGUUGGAGAUGCUGGACGAGGAACAUGAGCGCCUGCCACAGUUUCCAUCUGAUCACAACGUAUACAAUCUUGGGAGCAUCGCUGGGCAUAAUGUUGUUAUCGCUGGACUCCAUCAACCAGGCAACAACCCCGCGGCCACGGUCGUCACACAGAUGAGGAUGACAUUCCCCAAUCUCAGGUUUGGCCUGUUGGUUGGCAUUGGAGGCGGUGUGCCUGUGAAGACUGACAUCGGAAUAAUCCGGCUUGGGGACGUGGUGGUCAGCAAACCAGCAGGUGAACAUUCUGGCGCAGUACAAUACGAUCAUGGGAAAGCCAAGGCUGGCCAGUUCGAGCGGACAGGUGCUCUCGCACCACCGCCAGCAGUACUCCUUAACGCUGCGCAGGAUCUCGCAGCGAAGCGUGCUAGGUCACGUAAAGACCCCAUUGAAGACAAUAUUAAGACGAUUGACGUAAGCAUUCGAGGACUUCGAAAGUACAAAUAUCCGGGCGCGGCGCAAGAUCAUUUAUAUAAACCGGAUUACGUUCACCUGAAACCUGGAGUGCCUUUCGACGAAUGUGGAUGCGACCCUUCGCAACGGGUCCAGCGACCGACUGAUGACGAGGAUGACGAACCGUAUAUCGUGGUCCACAGAGGCACGAUCGCAUCUGGGGAACUGGUGGUUAAGGAUGCUGUAUUAAGGGAUCAACUGGCGAAGGAGUACGGAUUGCUGUGUUUUGAGAUGGAGGCGGCCGGUGCUCUGGCCGACUUCCCUUGCAUGGUGAUCCGCGGAAUCUCGGACUACUGCGAUUCGCACAAGAACGACCAAUGGCACGGAUAUGCGGCCGCAACGGCGGCUGCAUAUGCCAGACAGCUUUUCUUUCAUAUGCCGAUUGAUGAGAUAAAGCGCCAUAUCUCUGAAACAGCAGAGAAAGAUAUCCAUUCUGUGAAAGUUCGGCAAGAUGACCAAGACCGUCAGGGUAUUCUAGAUUGGCUUACAACAGUGGAAUACGGUCCUCAACAUAGUGACUUCCUCAAGAGGCGAGAGCCAGGAACUGGCCAAUGGCUUUUAGACGAUGCUAAAUACCAGACUUGGCAAAACACAGACAAGCAGACGUUGUUCUGUCCAGGUAUUCCAGGAGUAGGGAAGACAAUUCUCACAGCUAUUGUCAUCGACCACCUUACCACAAGAUUCAAGAACGAUGCGAACGUUGGGAUUGCGUACAUCUAUUUCAAUUACAAGCCAAAGGCCGACAAUCAAAAUGUCGACAAUUUGCUAUCAAGUCUGCUGAAACAGCUUAGUCAAGAACAGCCAUCCUUACUAGAGAGUGUGAAAGCUCUCUAUGACCAGCACAGAAAAACAACGACGAGACCAUCAACUAACGAGCUCUUGAGAGCUCUCCAAUUUGUAGCCGCCAUGUAUUCGAGAGUCUUCAUCAUCGUCGAUGCGCUCGAUGAAUGUCAAGCAUCUGACGGCUGCCGAGCGAAAUUCCUAUCAGAAAUUUUUACCCUCCAAGCCAAAACCGGAGCGAAUCUCUUUGCAACGUCAAGAUUUAUCCUAGAUAUCACUGAAGUGUUCAAAAGUAGCACGUGGCUAGAGAUUCGUGCAACUAAAGACGACGUAAAGAGAUACUUAGGAGGCCAUAUGCAACAACUACUACCUUUCGUCCAGCAGAAUCACCAGUUGCAAGAAGAGAUUAAGACAGGAAUCUCAGAAGCAGUAGAUGGAAUGUUUCUUUUGGCGCAGAUUUAUCUUGGUUCACUUGACGACAAGACCACACCGAAGGCUAUCAGAAAUGCAUUGAAAGACUUCCAGACUAAAAGCCAAGGAUUAGGAGAGGAAGAGAAGGUUCGAAUCCUAGACCAGGCGUACAAGCAAACCAUGGAGAGGUGGAGGUUGGGGGGGGACAAACUUGACGAAGAGAACCUACCACGGAUUGAAGACGUGGUAUCUGUGUGUGCUGGGUUGGUUACAGUUGACGAAGAAAGUGGAAUCAUCCGCUUAGUCCAUUACACGACGCAAGAAUACUUCAAGUCGACGCGAGAACGUUGGUUUCCAGAUGCAGAGACUGAUAUCACGAAAGUCUGCGCUACCUACCUCUCAUUUCAUGCCUUUGAAAGCGGAUUUUGUCAAAGCGAUGCCGAGUUUGAGGAGCGGCUCCGGUUAUAUCAGCUGUACGACUACGUUGCGCACAACUGGGGACAUCAUGCUCGCAAGGCUUCGACCUUAUGCCAGCAAGUCACAAGCUUUCUUGAGAACAAACCUAAGACCGAGGCUGCAAGCCAAGCACUAUUAGCCAUCAAGAGCUGGUUUCCAAACUACAGCCAAGGUGUUCCAAGGCAAAUGACAGGACUGCACUUGGCGGCAUACUUUGGAGUACAUGAAGCAGCAAAUACUCUCAUUAGACGCGGGCAGAGUCUGGAUUUGAAGGAUAGCUACGGUCGAACGGCGCUAUGGUGGGCUGCAGGGAACGGACACGAGGCGGUGGUGAAGCUGCUGCUUGAGAAGGACGGGGUCGACCUCAACCCUACAGACAGGUACGGUCGGACGGCGCUGUGGUGGGCUGCAGGGGACGGGCACGAGGCGGUGGUGAAGCUGCUGCUUGAGAAGGACGGGGUCGACCUCAACCCUACAGACAGGUACGGUCGGACGGCGCUGUGGUGGGCUGCAGGGGACGGGCACGAGGCGGUGGUGAAGCUGCUGCUUGAGAAGGACGGGGUUGACCUCAACUCCACAGCUAGUGAUGAUAGUGAUGGUCGGACGGCGCUGUCGUGGGCUGCAGGGAACGGGCAUGAGGCGGUGGUGAAGCUGCUGCUUGAGAAGGAUGGGGUCGACAUCAACUCCACAGAUAGUGAUCGUCGGACGGCGCUAUGGUGGGCUGCAAGGAACAGGCACGAGGCAGUGGUGAAGCUGCUGCUUGAGAAGGACGGGAUCGACCUCAACUCCACAGACAGGUAUGGUCAGACGGCGCUAUGGUGGGCUGCAAGGAACAGGCACGAGGCGGUGGUGAAGCUGCUUAGGAAGGGCAUGCAAGAAUAA